AUGUCGGCCUCUGACGAAAUGGCCCUGCGCCUACGUUACCCAUACUACGUGGUACAUUGCUCGCUAUGGGACGCGUCACGCGACAUCGACAGCGUGGCCAUGGAAGGCGACGGCAGCGUAGGCGGCGGGGAGCGUCGCAACCAGCAGCGUCGGCUAAUGGGGACGCUGGUCGCUAGCCCAUUUGUGGGCAAAGACGAACGCGGGUCAUACCUCGCGGUGGCCUUCCAAACUGCUUUCACGAACAAGGCGCCAUCGGACGAGGUCGCGUUCCACUCUGUGCAUAGUUUUGACUAUAUCCGCCAGGCGAUACUGUGUAAUGCGGACACGGGUCUGGAAGGGGAUACGGGGCAUCCGGAAUGGGGCCGGGUACACCAGUGUACAGAUAUUGAUAAGUUGAGGGAGUGGGCGAACCAGAGAGAUAUAUAUAAAUAUCGUAGCACUAUGCCGUCAGAUACGGUGUUGUGA